AUGGGUCUGCAAUUGUUCCAUAUAGUUAUUGUGCUACAGACUCUAAAUAAAGCCUGGGGAUCUAUUCCUGGGUGCAAUUACUCGGACACUGUGGAUAUACGACAUAUUCCACUGCAUAAUGGAACCUACAAUUACCAAGGUCUCGAUAUACCCGUCCACUUGACGGGAAUGUAUAAUUUUGAGCAGCUUAUGGGCGGAUACCAGGUCCGGGUGAAAAGUCAUCUAAGAGCCUGUGUCUGCAAACUGAGACCUUGUGUUCGGGUCUGCUGCCCCCGAAAUCAAAUAUCGGAGAAUGGCGAGUGCGGUGAUAAAGUGAGGAUGGAACUUGCUGAGCUCCAACCAUAUGUGACUAAGUCCCGUAUCGUACAAAGUGAUCGGUUCGGAUUUUGCGACGAGUUCUUUGAAAUGACGUAUGAUGAGCUCAUAAUGUUCGAGGAUGGAAAUUUUGGAAUUCAAUCCCAAAACUGGACCAUGAACAAAGACUCUUUCUGCCUCUAUGUCAAUCACUUUUCCUCCGACCUUUCAAAGCGCGUAUUUGUUGUUCGACACAAGUGCCAUGAAAAUCAAAAUUGGCAGGAAGCGAAGCUAGAGAUUAUUAUCGUCGUGGCUUCGUCAAUAUGCAGUAUUCUUACGAUCACAGUGUAUUUUAUAAAUAGGAAUCGGAAUCUGAACUUUGUCUGCUAUUUAAUUUGCAUGUUCAUACACCAUAUCAUGUGGAUUGUGACUAGAUAUGGGAAUUUAGUAAAUGAGGCUUGCACCAUAGCAGGUUACACCAGAUAUUUCUUUGCAGUCGGUUCAAUUCUCUGGCUUGUUGUUGUUAGCCACCAAAUAAAAAAAGCAUUGAUGUCGAUGGGUCUUCAUGAUCCUCGUUAUCGUUUCCGGGUCUACUCCGUCUAUGUUUGGGUUUCAACGGCUUUCCUGACCGGUGUCCUAAUUGUGACAGAUCGGAUGUGGGGCAAUGAUUUGACUAAGCUUGAAUGGACACCUUCUGUUGGCUUCAUUCAGUGCUGGCUGUAUCCUUAUAACUGGGGUAUAUUUAUUUAUUUCGUUGGACCCAUACUGUUCCUAAACAUCUUCGAUGGGAUAAGGCUUAGCCUUACAAUUAAACACGUGGUGAAAACGAACAAAAACGUGAAAAAGUCAAUUGCUAAGCUCAGUUCGGCAAGGCAAACAUACCUAUAUAUUCUGCGAAUCUAUGUCAUGAUGGGCGUAUCAUGGAUCCUGGAUCUACUUCCCUACUUUUUUCGAGACAACGUAGUUUUGCAAAAGAUUUUUUGGAUUGCCUAUUACUACCAUUUGUCCAUGGGUAUAGUAAUUUUUGUGCUAUUUGUUUUGAAGCGUAGCACACUGCGGAUUCUCAUUAAAAGGCCGGCCGCUCCGCGCUCCUUCUUCCCUGGUUCACUGGAUGAGUAUGAGGACGUGCAUGUGGAUGUCGAUGAAAGCGAGAAUGAGGAUGAGGAUGCCCCGGCGGCAGGAUGUGAGCUCUAA